AUGUAUCAAGAGGGCACCCUUAAAACUGCGAAUGAAACCAAAUCCUUUCGAAGGAAAAUCAGCGUUGAGAACUUUUUUGGUGUCUUUAAGAAGAAUAACCAUGGAAAGAGACAUAAUAACAAAUCAAAAUGUCAACUAAAAGGAUGUAACAAUGAAUGCACAAAUGAAACCUUUAUUUCAUUUUGUAGCGCAAAGUGUCAUCUUUCUAAACCUCUACCAGAUCCAACCGUAACUCGACCCUAUGCUUCAACUUCUGUGACUUCAUUCUCUGAUGAAGAUUCAAUAGAGCCGGAACUUAAUUUUGCAUCUUCAUCGAGAUCAUUAAAUUAUUUACCAUGGAAUAAUCACUUAAAACAUAAAAUAUCCACGACUUCAUUUUAUAGCAAAGAAAUUGUUUCUUUUAAUGAUCAGGAAAACCUUGAUGGUUCCGUCGGAAUGAAGAAGUCCAGCAAGAAAUUUAAAUCCAUUAGGAAAUUCUUUAAUAAUCAUUCAACAAAUUCUUCAAACAGCGAACAGGUUGAUUCCGCUUAUGAAACUUCAACAGAAAAGGAUUUUAAAAAAAAGAGAGAGAAAACGAUCAAAAAGACAAAAAUGACCACACUUUCUCCCACGGACAAAGAGUAUAUUGAAGUUAAAGAUUUCUUUUCUGUUGGAUUACCAAAUAAGGAUAUUCUUGGUAUUGUUCGUUUACAAAUGCCAAGAAAUCUUAUCAAAGCUCAUGAACAAUAUAAAAAACAAACUGCCAGGUUAAAUAAUUUAACGGAAUCAGAAGUCAGUCAUAGAAUGUUUCAUGGUACUAGGAGUGCGUUAGGUUGCGAACCACAACGGUUUAUUGACAAAAAGGAUGCUGUUUUUUGUAAACCUCCUUGUGGAGUUUGCGGUAUUGCCAAAGAAGGCAAUAAAACGAAAUUUUCUCGUUAUACUCACCAAAUGUGGUUUGCGAGUAGUUCAAGCACAUCGCAAGGUUAUUGUAGCGGCUCCGUUGUGAAAGUAAUAUUUGUGGAGGAGGUCAUCGCUCCUGCGGGCAACUCAAUAUUGAUUGUCGAUAAGGAUGCUGCCGCGCUUCCAAAGUACCUUAUUGCCUACAAAUGA